AUGGGAACAGAUACCGACCCUAUGAUCAAAAGCAUAGGGGUCAGCAGUUUCAGAGGCCACAGCAGUAGGGUAGUCAGGGAAAUUUCAGACCUCAAGGUAAUUUCAAGCCUCAAGAAGUUGGGGCAUGUAAUCAAGGAUUGCCCUCGGAGACAGCAAGCGCGACAGGGUCAGGCAGCUCCAGCCAGGGCAUUUGUAGUGAUGCCAAGAACUGACAAAGUGCAAAAUACUUUUAAUCUCUUUCAAGAACCCAUUACAGUACUUUUUGAUACUGGUGCUUCUCAUUCUUUUAUAUCUAGACGGAGGGCAGUUACUCUUUAUGAGAUGUGUAAAGAUUUUGAGAUUGACUUUGCGGGUAGAGUCUUGUAUGCAGACUUAAUUGUUUUAGGAUUUGAGGGGUUUACAAUUAUUUUGGAUAUGGAUUGGCUGCGAAAUUACUUUGCGACUCUAGAUUGUGCUAGAAAGAUUGUAAAUAUAGAUAUUCCCGGUAUGUCAAGGCUUACCCACACUUCUAGCGAUAGAGAAGAGUCAGUGAUGACAAGUUUUCUAUGCUCGGUAGAAAUCCCUAAGCAGGAUAUUAGUGAGGUAGAUGUGGUGCAUGAGUUUAAGGAUGUAUUCCAGGAGAUACCUGGACCUCCUCCUUGA